UAUACGUCAAUGGAGAUUAAAUUUCUUAUUAUUCAAAUAAUUUUAAGGACGCAACUCUUGUAUUAUUAUCAUGCGUUCAGAGUACAUCCAAAUUUUGUGAGGAUUGGAACUCGGGAAAAAAAAAAAGAGUAUAUAAUUCCUCGAAGCCACGCUACACGGAUUUCUCUUCCCAAUCUACCCAUAACAACCCUCUUAAAUUACCACCAUCCCUUCUCUCGCUGUCUCUCUGCAUCGACAAUGGCUUCCUUCAACAUCCUCGCUCUCUCUCUCUACCUUCUCUCUCUACUCCUCUUAUCAAAAACCCGUCUUUCUCUCUCCCUAACCACCUCAGAUAUCCAUGAUCUUCUUCCUCAAUAUGGCCUGCCACGUGGCUUGCUCCCAGACAAUGUGGAAUCCUUCACUCUACCAUCAUCUGAUGGGUCUUUUGAAGUCAAACUUAAGACCCCGUGUUAUGUUCACUUUGAUGAUGUUGUGUACUAUGAUAAAGUAAUCAAAGGGAAGUUGAGUUAUGGUUCUGUGCAUGAUGUGUCAGGGAUUCAAGCAAAGAAGCUCUUUGUUUGGUUGCCAGUUACUGGGAUUGAAGUUAGUAAGGCUGAUGAUGGUAUGAUUAGUUUCUUUGUUGGCCCGAUUUCCGAGGAGUUGCCUGCUAAGCAGUUCGAGGAUGUUCCAGCUUGUAAGAGGAAGGUUGGUGGGCUAAGGACAUAUUUGGAGUCGAUGUGAAGUUUUGCAGUUCCGACUUCCAAUGGAUGCAACAGCCGAAAGUUAUAAUAUUAUAAGUCACAUUCUGUGAAGUUUUUCAAGGACUUAAGAAGGUUUCAUGCUCCUGUUGCAGGUGGCAGCAGACCAAAUCUUCUCAUGCGUUGCCUGCUCACUCUGAACUUUGAAGUUCUCCAGCUUAAUCUACAUCUUUGAGAAAUUGAAGCAAAUUUAUGUAAUAUGGAUUGUAAAUAAAUGCUGCUCUUCAACAUUUCUGCUCAGGGACUCACCUUAUGCCGAGCAAUGAUUUGGAUAUGCAUAAAUACAGAAACUAUGGAUGAAAUAGUAGUUCAAACUAUUGGGAUAAUUCUCAUCAA